AUGCUUCCCAGUCGAGGAAUUGUGCGCUCCCUGCCCUCGGGCGCCUUCCAAAGGCGACUACCAAGUCAAUCUAGGACGCUUUCUAGAAAAUUCGGAGAUGCACGGCAAUUCGGUACAGCGCUGAGGAAUCCUCGCGCUUCUCUUACGCCCUCAAGGAUCGGAGUCAAGAACGUCGCCGCUCCUGUUGUUCUAGGUGGAAUUUCUACAACGAGGGCAUUCUCCCUCUGGCCGUUUGGAAAGAAAAAGACCGAAGAGCCAGCCGCAACCGCCGAACCCAUCACCUCCGAGCCCGUUACUCCUUCAGAAACGAUAGAGGCUACUUCAGCUACUGUCAACGAUGCUGCUGGUAUCCCCGCCGAGGCUGUCGCGGAUGUGACAACAGCCGAACCCACCGCCGUCACUACGGACUUUGACCUCGAGGCCAUCGCCAACCUCGCGAGCCCCAACAUUCUCAACAUGGAGGAAAAACUCGGUUUCCUACACGAGAUCGGUCUGGACUACGGCUGGGGACCUACUUCAAUGAUGCAGUGGGCACUCGAGCACGUCCACGUAUACUCUGGUCUUGGCUGGGGUGGUUCCAUCAUCGCGACAGCCCUCAUCCUGCGCGUAAUCAUGUUCUACCCUCAAGUUCGCAGUCUGCGAUUCAACGCCGCCAUGCAACAAAUGAAGAAGGAUCCCCGAGGUCAAGAAGCCAUGGAUCUGGUCAAGAAGGGAUACCAAUCUGGUGAUAGGGAGAUGCUGCAAAAGGGCCAGUUUCUCAACAAGAUGGUUCGAGAGCAAUACGGCGCCAAAAACUCAGGCAUGCUGUGGUCUUUUGUUCAAAUCCCCUUCAGUUUCGGUCUCUUCAGAAUCAUUAGCGGCAUGGUUCACAUUCCCGUUCCGUCUAUGGAGAAUGCUGGUUUCCUCUGGUUCACCGACCUCACAGCCUCUGAUCCCUAUUUCCUCCUCCCUGCUCUGGGUACCAGUCUUCUAUUCGGUGCCAUGGCUGUCAAUGCCAAGUACACCCCCGCCUCGCAAAAGGCCAUGAUGAAGAAGAUGAUGUGGGUGUUUGGUACCGUCGGCUUCAUCGGUACAACCUUCCUCUCCGCCGGUGUGAACCUCAUGAUGGUGUCAACCGGUUCCGCCACUCUCCUCACUGCCCUCAUCCUUAACAACGAGACCGUCCGAGUCGCCUUUGGUCUUCCCAUCCUCGAGGUUGAGAAGCCCAAGUACGAGCCCCCUCGCGUCACACAGUCUUCAGGCGUCUCUGGCCUUCGAGAGCGUCUUACCGACAACCUCAACGAUAUGAAGAAGGGCCUGUCUGAUCAGGUCAACAACUAUACUGGCCAGUAUGCUGGUACUGAGCAGGAGCGAGCAGAGAAGAAGCGUCGAGAGCAGAUGCAAAAGCUCGAGGAUAUGCGACGAAAGCUUGAGCGGGACGAGUUUGAGAAAAAGUACAAGCAGUAA